AAGCGAGAGAAAUAAACGGAGGCACAGCACUAACACGGACGCUUGCGGAAGACACGCGUUCUCCAUCUGCGUAGCUGAAGAAUCAGAGGUGCUUGUUCAGGUGAGCCGUCUCUCAUCAUGUUUGUGGCGUUACACGUGUGCGUGUUGCUGGCGGUUUGUUCUUUGAGUGUUUGGGCCUCUCAGUCCUCGUCUUACGGAGAGCGAGGCUCUGAUCUCGGCCUGCAGGUGUUUUUGCGAGUGGUCCAGGACAAACCGCAGGAGAAUGUGGUCAUGUCUCCUCACGGCGUGGCCUCUGUCCUGGGCAUGCUGCUCCCGGGGGCUCACGGAAACACUCGCCGCCAGCUACUCACGGGCCUCAAAUACAAGAAGACCGGUACAUAUAAGUUGUUGCGGAAGUUGCAUAAGGCCCUGAUGACCAAAUCCAAUGCCGAUGUUGUGACGAUCGCCAAUGCACUGUUCCCCAAUAAGGACUUCAUCAUGAAAGAAGACUUCCUGACAGCCAUCAGAGAGAACUUGAUGUGUGAGAGUCACGCCAUUGACUACAGCGACCCAGAGAAGGCUGCAGAAACCAUCAAUACAUGGGUGAAGAACAGCACUAAAGGUCAGAUUCCCAGUCUGGUCAAUGCAGGUAUGUUUGAUCCGGCUUUGACUCGGUUGGUGGCUGUGAAUUCCAUUUACUUCAAAGGCCUCUGGAAGUCGCGCUUCCAAGCCCAGAACACCAAACCCAGAAGCUUCACUGCAGGAGACGGGAACACAUACAAGGUCCCCAUGAUGUCCCAGCUCUCUGUCUUUAACAUAGGUCAAGCAAGCACUCCACAAGGUGUGAAGUAUGCAGUGAUCGAGCUGCCUUAUCAUGGCAACAGCAUGAGCAUGUUUAUUGCGUUGCCGUCAGAAAAGGCCAAGCCCCUGUCAGCUAUUUUACCGCACAUCUCUACAGCGACCGUCCUAAACUGGACUAAAAUGCUGGGCCAGAGGAGGAUGCGCCUGCUGAUGCCGAAAUUCACAGCUGAGGAGGAGGUAGAUUUGGAGGGUCCUCUCACAGCGAUGGGAAUCAAAGACAUCUUCAGUCAGAACAAAGCUGAUUUCAGACACCUGAGUUCAGAGUCGGUCUAUGUGUCCAAAGCUCUUCAGAAAGCCAAAAUAGAGGUCAAUGAGGAUGGAACCAGAGCCUCUGUUGCCACCACUGCGAUCUUGUACGCCCGAUCUUCUCCUCCACUGGUGAGUGUGGACAGACCGUUCCUGUUUCUCAUCAGACACAAUCCUACAGGAACUAUUUUGUUUGCUGGCCAGAUCAACAAACCUUGAGCUAGAGAACCGAGGAGAUUGGAUCAGUGGUCGACACACACACACACACACACACACACACACACACACACAGACACACACACACAGAUGAAUAUAUUAAACUUUUGUCUUGGACUGCGUGUCCUUUACUCAAUUUCUCAAGCGUCUUUUACCCUCAUUUUGACUUGGUCUUUGUUAUUUUUAUAUCCUUGAGGAACAUUUUUAUAAAUGUGUGCUAAACUUUCUCACAGAAUGUGUGCAACUUAAAUGCUGAGACAUCUGUUGUUUAACUUUUUUUUGUCUUUAAUAAAAUAGCAGUUUAUUUUGUCACAUUAAUUAUAUAUUGUCCUAUUGUAUUAAAUAAGGUACUCACCUUAUUUUGUUUUUGUUCUAACUAAAAAGCAUUUGUUGUUUAUUUAAUAAAAAAUAUUCAAGGUA